CCAAUUCGCACCUCCACAAAGGUGCAUAACCUCGAAAUCCCGCUUCCAACGCACUCCGCACAAAAAUGUCAUUUAAAAAAGAUCUGAGGCUGCUCGUGAAGCCGUACUACUUGAUAAACAUCCUCCUCAGUGUCUCUUAUAUUCUGUCGAAGCGCGUUCCCGUAGUCUGUAAUUAUAUAUUUGCUCAAGACGACUGCGAACUCGAUGGGAGAGAAACAGAAAUUCUCUUUUUUCUUAUAAUUGUUAUCAUGAUAAGAACGAGAAAGACUGGUAGUGUAACAAUGAUAAAUUAUUUGACAUCCAGCUUUGUGUAUACAAAAGCAGCAAACUUGAUUCUGUGGUUUUACGCGGAUGUGAGACUGGGCAUUCUGUUCGCAUUUGUUUUCAUACUAUGUGGAUUGGUGUUGCCAGAACCGACAUAUCAAGGACCUGAAAAUGUAAUUUAUCUACAUGGUGCUCACGGACUGCAGGAAGAAUUGCAACGUGACCCCAGAGUAACUUGGCUUAUAGCUUUUUACACCGCAUGGAAUCCAGCUUGUGUAACGUUUGCACCGAUAUUCUCUGAGCUCUCAGCAACUUAUGCAUUGGAGAACUUCAAAUUUGGCAAAGUAGAUGUUGGAAGGUAUCCUGAUGCAGCGGCAAAAUAUCAUAUUAGCGAUGCCAGUACGAGCAAGCAAUUGCCCACAUUGAUACUAUUUAAAAACGGCAAGGAAGUGGAGCGACGCCCAUACGCAGAUCAUAAAGGAAAGCUUGUUAAAUUUCUUUUCUCACUAGACAAUGUAAAGGCUGCAUUUGAUCUCAACAACGUUUACGAAGAUUGCAAGAAGAAUCCUAUCAAGAGAAAAGAGAAGAAACCCCUGAAGGUGGAAUAAUAAAAACAAUCUUAGGCAUUUCUAAUGUAAAAACAAAACAGCUCAUAGUCAAGCGAAGAUUCCAUAUAGAUGGCUUCUACUAUGUAGAAAAACCACCUGGCGCUUACUUCGACACGAUUACGAACUAAACCGUGAAGACUUUAUUAAAACUUUUGUUGUGCAUGUAUUUAUAUUCUGUAGAUACAUAAUUGUUCUCUCAUAUUAUCGAAUCGUCCUGUGUUAAAAUUGUUUAUUUGCGCGUAAUGUGUAAUUCUCUCAUGGUUAUAUCAUUAUUGCAUAUAUAUAUUAUAUAUAAGAAGCCAUAAUAAUAUAUAAUUAAUACAUAAGAUUCAAUUUAUAUAUGAAAACCUUGACCACUACAAGUAGUCGUGUUAUAUUACGUUGUUUCAUUGCUUCAUUAAAAAAUUUAGAUUACGACGUUCUUCGAAAAAAAAAAAAAAACAAUCUUAUAGCGUUUUUAAUCGAUACGGAUUGAAUUGCUUCCGGAGCAAUUAAUGACGUCACUUUGGUAAAUUUGAUUGGUCGAUUUGCCAAAUUGACAUUAUUAAUCGUUCCGAGAGAGCGAUUCAAACCGUAUCGAUCAAAACCGCUAUUAUUACACGUCACUCACGUCAGUAGAUAUGACGAGAUAUGUUCAGUCACAAAAAGAAGCUGAAACGUCUGUUUAUUAACACGUUGAAUGCCAUGGGAAUCACCAUGGUGAUCGGCGAUACCGAAAUUAACGAUAGGCAUAAUUCAAAUAAAUGACAAUACUUCUAAUAUUUUCAAUAUUAUUAUCAAAUGUUAUUACAAAGAUGUAAAGGAACUAAUGCACCAUAGAACGUGUAAAAUAGUUUUAUUUACAUGUCAUGUACAUCAAGGUAUAUUUUUCAAAUCAGUUAGUAUAAGUUAUACGUGCAUGUUGCGAUGUGUCGUAUUAAAACACGGUAAACAGAGAAAAGGUGAACCAAUACAAUCUCCGCAAUAUGUGACGACUUUUUUUGUCUGAUUUUUCGCAUUUGUUCUACCUAUUUCUUUAGAAUUUUUCUCAUAACAUCUUUUACAAAAUCGGCGGAUGAUUCUGGCUGUUCCCGGCAUUUCUUUUAUAUUUCGUGACGUUUUUUCAGCGAACUCAUAUUUGAAGAAACGAAACCAAUGUCAAUUUCGCUAUUUUGACAUUUUUGUUAAGUGCACAGCUAGUUUCAUGCGAAAAUCGCGAAUUUUAAUAUUACAGCGCGUUACGUGUUUGAACAUUACUA